AUGACGGCGGUCAAUAUAACGGACGCUGAUGUCGGCGACAAGCUCCGUGGCAAGAGUGCCAUAGUGACCGGAGGUUCAUCUGGCAUCGGCCAGGGCAUCGUGCACUACUUGACAACAGCCGGCGUCAAGGUGCUCAUCGGUGACCUCCAGGAGCCAUCCGAACCCAUCGACGGACCGAUUUUCCAAAAGACAGAUGCAGGCGAAUGGGAUGACCUCCUCGCACUCUUCAAGCGUGCUGAGAAGGAGUUUGGUCGGAUCGAUAUCGUUGUUCCGAAUGCUGGGUUUGGUGAUAGGGGCGACUAUUUCGACCACAAAGACGACCAGGGCGACCCCGUCAAGCCAGAGUUUGCUUGUAUGAAGGUGACGCUGAUCGGUCAGAUGUACACCGUCAAGCUAGCAAUGCACUUCAUGCGCAAGCAGCAGCCGCAGGGAGGCGUCAUCGUGUCGACCGUCAGUCGGUCCGGUUAUGACUGCCAGUCUAUACCGGUGUACGCAGUCUCGAAGCACGGCAUGAUCGGCCUCAUGCGUGGACUGAGGAACCACACACCGCACUGGAACAUCCGGGUUAAUUCGAUCGCGCCUCAUGUUACCGAUACGGCGGCGGUAAGGAAGCUACCGAGUCUGGUGCCUGAUCUGCAGCGGAUUGGGAUACCUGUGAGUACGGUAGAGGAGACUGCGAGAGCUGCGGCGUUCCUUGCGGCGGAUGAAAGCUACAACGGCUGUACGAUUAGUAUAAUGGGGAGUGAAUAUCGAGAGUUGGAAAGUGGUGUUGAGAAACAUAAGAGAGAUGUGAUGGGUAAUGAUCCGAGGUUCGAUAUGAAUGCUGAGCAGCAGGAGGUGAUGGACAACAUCUUCCCGCCGGCAUCGAAGUGGUAG